AUGUCGAUUAUGGAGUAUAACGGAGGCGCCGUCGUGGCGAUGGUCGGCAAGAACUGUGUUGCUAUUGCUUGCGACAAACGCCUGGGAGUUCAGGCCAUGACCAUCUCGACCGAAUUCCCAAAGACCUUCCAGGCCACUCCAAAGACUUACAUUGGACUUCCCGGUCUCGCCACCGACGUCCAGACCUUGUCAGAGAAGUUCCGCUUCAAGGUGAACAUGUACAAACUCAAGGAGGAGCGUGAGAUUGAGCCUAGAACCCUGGCACAUCUUGUUUCGUCGACCCUUUACGAGCGCCGAUUUGGACCUUGGUUUGUUGAGCCAGUGAUUGCAGGACUGGACAAGGAGAACAGACCCUUCAUUUGCUCGACAGAUUUGAUCGGAUGCAUCAACUUUGCCAAGGACUUUGUUGUAUCAGGAACCACCUCCAACCAGCUUUACGGAAUGUGCGAGUCCCUCUGGGAGCCUGAUCUGGAGCCCGAAGAUCUGUUCGAGACCAUCUCGCAGUCAUUGAUGAACGCCGUCGAUCGCGAUUGUCUGUCUGGUUGGGGAGCACAAGUCACCGUCAUUACACCCGAUCAGGUUAUCACCCGCACACUCAAAUCCCGUCAGGACUAA